AUGCACGUACUUGGUCGCACGUUCGGGGUGGGUGAGACCCUGAAUCUGAAGCUGAGGCCAUCAGCUGCAGCAGCUGCAGAGCGAAGGGCAGCAGCAGCUGCAGAGCGGAGGGCAGCAGCAGCUGCAGAGCGGAGGGCAGCAGCAGCUGCAGAGCGGAGGGCAGCAGGAGCUGCAGAGCGGAGGGCAGCAGGAGCUGCAGAGCGGAGGGCAGCAGCAACUGCAGAGCGGAGGGCAGCAGCAGCUGCAGAGUGGAGGGCAGGAGCAGCAGCUCCAGAGCGGAGGGCAGCAGCAGCUGCAGAGUGGAGGGCAGCAGGAGCUGCAGAGUGGAGGGCAGCAGGAGCUGCAGAGCCGAGAGCAGCAAGAGCUGCGGAGUGGAGAGCAGCAGGAGCUGCAGAGUGGAGGGCAGCAGGAGCUGCAGAGUGGAGGGCAGCAGGAGCUGCAGAGUGGAGGGCAGCAGGAGCUGCAGAGUGGAGGGCAGCAAGAGCCAGUAUGGGUGUUGGAUAUGGAGAUGGUGGACGAGGCUUGCACCGAUGA